CAGAAUAAACAACCCGGCCCCCACUUGACAACAGUGUGACGCAAUGGAGUGAAGUGACGCGGUGACGUGACGCAGUGACGUGCAGCUGGCGUCGCUGUGCCCUGAUGCAGGGGGGUUUCCAUCAUGGCGUCGAUGCAGAAAAGGCUACAAAAGGAACUAUUAGCUCUGCAAAAUGAUCCACCUCCUGGGAUGACGCUCAACGAAAAAAGCGUACAGAAUACCAUCACACAGUGGAUCGUAGAUAUGGAAGGAGCCUCCGGCACACUCUAUGAAGGAGAGAAAUUUCAGCUGCUUUUCAAAUUCAGUAGUCGAUAUCCAUUUGAUUCACCUCAGGUCAUGUUCACAGGAGAGAAUAUACCUGUCCACCCUCAUGUGUACAGCAACGGGCACAUCUGCCUGUCUAUUCUUACAGAAGACUGGUCACCAGCGCUCUCCGUGCAAUCAGUUUGUCUAAGUAUAAUCAGCAUGUUGUCCAGCUGUAAAGAAAAGAGACGGCCGCCGGAUAACUCCUUUUAUGUAAGAACUUGUAACAAAAAUCCAAAGAAAACAAAAUGGUGGUAUCAUGAUGAUACAUGCUAAUGUAAACAAAACCCUUUGUAAUAAUCCUAGAAGAAAAGUCCUACUGACCUACAAAGAAAAAAAAGAAGCACUUUUUAAUCAUUCAGUCUUUGAACUCUGACCUUUGACUGGAGAGGUGGACUCCAAGCGCUGGACUCUCUUGACUGCAUUUCCCGCCAUGGGCAGUUGGAUGCAUGUUUUAGCUGGUUGUAAUAUAUAGAGGAAAAAAAAAAAAGGAACGUUUAUAUGCACCCCGGUGGAAGGUUCUUUGCAAAAAGAUGGUAAUGCAGCCAGCAAGGUGGAGUGGUAGUGAGAUUAUUAUAAUUCCUGUUUUAAGAUUAUUCUUGUUACUUUUUGUAUGUUUGUGUAUGGGUUCAUUAUGAGGACUUUUUUUCCUUUUUUCUUUGUGCAAUAACAAACGAUGGAUGCAUGCUUGGGCCUACAACAAGAAAUCCAAAUCUAAUCAUUUUGCAGACAGGAUCUGACUAUCGUAUCUCCAAGAAAUGUUUUUCAUCAUUUUAUUUUUCUGCUUUUUGAUUAUAUGCACUGUGAAAUUAUGUCGAAGACAAGGCACACAAGUUGUAUAUUUUAUUGCGUUAACAGCGACACUUUAAGCUGCCUCAGUUCCACUCUCAGUUAAAAUGUUUAUAACAAACUCAAUCAUGAGUAUGUUCUAAGUUUUUGCCCUCUCCAACCAAAUCAAGAUUCCGAUCGCAGCCCGUUGUCCGACAAAACAAUGUUGGUAACACUAUGAUAUAAGUGCAAAUACGAAGCACACGUCCCCUGUGCCCUUCAAAGAGAUAGAGGCUGAACUCAUGCAAACGUUCAGUGGUCCAGCAUACAAGAUCUGCAGCAACACCACCUUCCAUGUACUGAAUGUCUAUGAGAGAACAUGGUCACUUGAAUAUUUUUAUUUUUUAUGCUAAUUUUGGUUUUCUAAGAUUUACUGCUUUAAUCUUCUGAAUUGUCUUUUUGACUUUAGAUAAUUUUCCUUUUACGUUCCUUUUUGGUUUUGUUUUAAUACUACUACUAUAUUGGGAUGGUGGGGGAGGGCCAUGGUGUUUUUGAGGGCUCCGUAAAGUUUUGAAUUGCUUAUUUAUGUUAUUUAAUUUAUGAUCAGUUUUGAUCUCCAGAAUGGUAGUGAGUGGUAAGAGUAGUCGGUAGGAAUCUCUAAAGGCUCUGCUUUCCAUGAUUUCCCCCUGGUCAGAGAGAUGGCUCAGGUACUUUUUUCAAUAAAGAGAUCACCUCUAAAAAGAUUCCUAUCAGAUAUUUUGAAGUUAAAUAUAUUUUCACCCAAAGAGACUGUUACAUUGUAAAAUUCUAACAUGUCUGAAACUAUUUUGUGUGUGUGUAUAUAAGUCUCUAGGUUGUCUUAUGUGACAUUAAGUUAUAUUUGACUAGCAGAAUAGCGCAGUUUUAAUUCCUUUUGAAAUAUAAGUCACAUCUCUUAAUUAGGUGUACAGCCAUUGCAGCCAUUGCUGUUUUAAUAAAAAAAAAAUGACAUAGUUUUUCUGAGGUGAUGCAUGCUAAUUUAACCUACUUAUUUAAUUUGAUUCUUUCUGGCACAAGAUAUUGCAAGAACCAUGACUAUGGAGAGUACCUGGUAGAUCCUGUAGUGGCUGAACACUGCAGUGGAUGUGUACGGCUCUUUCAUUCAAACUGAAGUCACUCCAUUCCUUUAUAGUCCUUCAUCGGGGAAUACUUGAACUGUUUCAUCUUGGGUUGUUUUGUUUUAACUGCUAUUAUCUUUCCUGGGUCUAGUUCAAUUGAAUCUCCAAUGCAUCUUGAGUGAAUGUGAUAAUAGAAAAACGGUAGAGAGGGGAUGACCAUGAUGCUAUCCUAAAAACUAUAUUGAUAACCUAGAUUUCUAUUUAACCAAUGACUUGUUUUGUAUUAGCUUCAUUAGUAGUGCUCUCAAUGCGGUUUAGGGUGUGCUGUGAGAAAUGGCGACGGGGAUGAAAUGAUUGUAAAUACAGUCACAGUGGCAUUAGAGGGGCAGGGAUGCAACACGUUUCUGUUUAAUGAGCAGUAUAGAUCCAUGGAGAUUACAUUUUUGUUAGAAAGUUGACAAGGGUCCAUCUGUCUCUUGUCAUUUCCACCACCAAAUAAUCCAGUACCCCUCUUCUACCCCCCCCCCCCCACACACACACACACACACACACAUACACCCAUUUCACUGUAGUUUGGAUUCUUAGCUUGCUGCUUGUAGUGAGUGAUCAACACUAAUGGGGAUGUGUUAUUUACGUUUGUUUUUUUGGGAUGUGCAAGUUCCAUGUUAUAGGUGCCUGUUCAUUUUCAUAAUCAAUAAAAAGCAAGGAUUCAC